GUUGCCAAGUCAUGAAAAUCGUGAAGUUCAGAGAAUGUUGCGUCUGCUGCAAAUGGCACACAAAGAAAUAACCAAAGAAAUGGCAGGAGAGGAUAGAAAUGUUGUCCUAGAGGCAGAACAAAAUGAGGAAUCAAGAAUGGAUAUUAUGUUUGACCGUCUCAUGUUGAUGGAAUUGAGAGAAAAUGUCAACAAACUUGACACAAAGGCCUUUGCUGAGCUUCGUAGCUACAAUGACCCACCAAGAAUUGAACAUGAUAUACUCAUGGCAGUCAAAGCUAUAUCUGACUUUGAGGAAACGGAACAAGGGCUUUUUGAUGACUGGCAGCAAAUGAAAGGGGUAAGUUUUAGACAUUUGGAGGGAAAAUAAAAAACCACAACACCUAUUUUGGAUUUAACACUUUGCAUG